UUUGGUACUACUUCUAAAACUCUGAAUCCCUCCUAGCUGACCCAAAGCAUGCUUUUAGGACACAAGGGAGGGGUUUUCGAUGCUUUGCUAACUUAGAGCCAGAGCUGAAAGCGAAAGCGGGUUAAUUUUAGUGUUGUAGCCUACUUGUGUUAGCAUUCAAACACAUCAUGGAUAGCAGCAGAUUUAGAGCCAUGUUACUGGCGAUCUCUGAUAAACUUACUGAAGACAAUGUGAAGAGUCUAAAGUUCUUGUGCCAAGAAGAAGUCGGGAAGAAAAAGCUCGAGAAAGUCAAUAAGGGGAUCGAUCUUUUCGAGUGCUUGAUCGAAAGAGCUGCUAUUGGACCUGACCACACUGAACUCCUGCGAAAACAUCUAAACCACAUCGGCCAGAAAGUUCUUCUGGAGAUCAUCGAUGAUUACGAGAGAGGAGCGACGGGGAGCCCUCCUGAUGUCCCAGACGCAGAAGAGCGAGAAAAAAUAAACAUUGCAACUGAAGUAAUUGUUGAACGUUUGGGUAAAAAGUGGCGUCAGUUUGGUAGAAAGCUUGGACUCCAGGACGCUCAGCUGGACGGCAUCCAGGAGAAGCACAGCCUUGACCUGGAGGAGCAGGUGAGGGAGCUCAUCAGACGGUGGAUGAAGAUGACGAGAGAGAACGCCAGGGUGGAGGAUCUCGUUAAAGCUCUGCGGGACUGCAGACAGAACCUCACUGCGGAUCUCGUGGAGAAAAACCUCAAAGAGCUCGGUGCACAUUGAAAAUCACAACCAUUCUACUAGAAAACAACAGAACUCUGGGAUUAAUAAUGUGAAUUUCUUUGUGAAGUGCAAACGAACUUAAAUCAUGUUUACAGAUCAAUGAAUCUAUUGUACACAGCCUUGUCAAAUAUUGAUAGGAGGAAAUGUGUUAGAUAAUAUAUUUUACAUUUGAAAUGAUAAUGCAGGGCAUGAAAAUUAAAUAUAUUGAAUAAGUGUCCGAUAGGUAUUGUUUUCAGACACCUUUGCCUUUGCAAAACAUAGAGAUUUUUCAGUGUUUACUGGACAUAGUCAUAAAACAUCACUGUUCUUCUGUUUGCUGAUUUGUCAAAGGAUGUAUGACACUUAGAAAGGAAAUAAAGGGACAAUAUGUGAUUGAACGCUGUACCACAUAACAAGCCUUUCAACUGUUUGAUAAAGCACAUGACUUUUUCUUAUUCUAUACUUCAUCAGAUUUAAUUACUGUACAAAUAGGCUGUCAGAGAAAAGUUCAUUACUCUUCAGAGUUCAGUUUUCACUCUCAGAGAGGCAUGUUUCAGCAUGGAGUCCCCGACAUGUCUCAGCUCCGCAAGGACGAUUUCUGGAGAAUGCAUUAUUUGGAAACUGUUCAUUUUGACUCAUCUCAAAUUUGUCCCACACUGGUUAUACAGGUUGUUUCUCAAAAGUAUAGGGGCCACUGAUGCCAGUGGUUUCGACAAUCUACUAAUGGUUUAGAUUACACUUAAUUUGUACAUUAUAUAUACAAAUACACAAACACACACACACACACACACACAAGUAAAUAUGAAAACUCUAGGAAUCAUGCAUUUGGCCAGAAUCAACUCAUAUGCUAAACGACUGAACACAACAAACACAGAGGAACAAGUUGUUGCUGGCAGACAAAUGAAAACAAUUAUUAUUGUAAAAUAGGCUUGAAAUUUUAUGUUUGAUAUUCUCUGACACGUUCACAGAUAUUUGUUUUCUUCUAAGAAACUUAAAAAUAAAAUAAAAUCCGAAUCGG